CCUGACCUGACCCUGUGGUCACUUCCGGGUCUGAUCAGGUCCGUUUCAGCGACACCUGCCGCUUGUGCGGAGAAGAACAGGUCAUGCUGCAAAGGGAAAAAGGUUUUGAAAUGAAAUUCUGAGCGUCCCCUGGCCUUCUGCCGCUAAGAAGUGGAUUGUGGUAACAGCAUAGAGACGGUGUUAAUCGUUCCGGCCCAAAAACACAGAACCUGAUGUCAGGUUCCGUGUAGCGGACUUCUGCCCCCCUCCCCAGAAGUCUGUUCACACUCACAGAGCGCUCCAAGAUGGCGGGCCGCGGCCAUGUGGAUGUGAGCGAGAGAAGACUGCGGCCGAUAUACGAUGCCCUAGAUGCCAAUAAUAACAAGAAAGCAAUACAGGAAGCGGAUAAAGUACUGAGGAAGCAGAAGGACCUGAUAUGUGCCAAGGCCCUGAAAGCCAUUGCACUGCUGAGAAGCAGCAGGCGACAGGAGGCUCUACUGUUGGCAGCGGAAGUUGCAUCAGAAGAGCCAAUAGAGGAAGCAACUCUGCAGGCACUCACCAUCUGUUAUAGAGAAAUGGAAAGAGGGGAUCUUGUUGCCAGGAUCUAUGAAAAUGCUGUGAAGAAAGUCCCGCAGAGUGAAGAGUUCCUGUCCCACCUGUUCAUGGCCUAUGUCAGGUUAGGAGAAUACAAGAAACAACAACAGACUGGAAUGGCACUUUACAAGGUUGCUCCCAAGAACCCAUAUUACUUCUGGUCGGUGAUGAGUAUCGUAAUGCAGGCACUGACAACUGAGGAUGAGACACUGUCCCAGAAGAUGUUCCUGCCUCUGGCAGAGCGGAUGGUGGAGAAAAUGGCCAAGGACAUGAAGAUAGAGGCUGAGGCUGAGGUGCGCCUGUAUUUGAUUAUCUUAGAGAAGCAGAAGAAAUAUGAAGAAGCCCUUGAAGUUGUUGUAGGACCAUUAGGUAGCAAGUUAAUAUCAGAAAUAGAACUGCAGUCCUUGAUGCAAGCUGAAAUGUACGUCCAAUUAGAGGAUUGGCCCAAGGCCAAUGCCAAGUACAGAAAGCUGUUGUUAACAAACCCUGAUAACUGGCUGUGGUACAUUCACUACUUCACGUCUCUCUUCCACCUGGUGGACUCAGGAUGGACACCAUCAGAAGCUGAUGAAGGUUCAUCUGCUGAUGUGGUAACAGGUACUGUCGAUAUGGCAAUAGCUUUUGUAGAGGAGAGAGUUGCAGAUGAACUGAAGAAUGGAAAGAGACUUCAAAGAGGACCAUUUCUUGCUAGAAUGGAACUCUUGAAGAGACUUACAGAGAGAGGAAACCAAGAGGCUGCAGACAAAAUAGGGUCACCUGCUGAUCUUCUUAAAGAGUACUUUGGAAAGUUUGGAGACAAACCCUGCUGUUUUAUGGACAUGAGGCCUUAUUUGACCAUGUUGAAACUGGAUGACAAUGCAAAGUUUGUUGAAGAGUUGCAGACAUACAUAGAGAUACCAGAGAAGGCAGGAGAGCUGGGCCUGCCAUCUGAUGUGAAAACCAUGCAGAGGCAUAUUUGUUGUGUGGGGCUGGCCAGAUCACUGGGGCUGCAGGAACAUCUCACAGGAGAGAAGAGAGAUGAGCUGAUUCAAGACUUGAUGAGAAGACAUCAACAUGGUUUACAAUUUGGAACAGACCUGCUGCCCACAGAUGUCCAGCCGAGUGACAGCUACAUACUGAUGGCAGUACAUAUCAAGUAUGCUGAAUAUCUGAAGACAAAGAAGCUAAGCCUGCUGUUUGAAGUGAUAGUCAUGCUUGAGAAGGGAGUGGCAUGUAGCCCAUCAAAUGCACAGUACAAGCUCAUUCUGAUCAAGCUGUACAUUUUACUGGGUGCAUUUCAGCCUUGUAAGAAACUGUACGACAACAUGGAGGUUAAGCACAUCCAGCAGGACACCCUAGGGUACUUCUAUUCUUGCUAUGCAGUGGCACUGGGACACUUGACUCCAGCCUGUUCUAUACUGAGUUCCAUGCUCAAGUUUUUUUCAGCAAACCACAAAGAUACCACAGAGUACAUUAUUGCUGCCUACAAGUAUGGUUCUUUCCACAAGAUCCCUGAGAUCAUCUCUUUCCGAGAGAGGCUAAACCUGUCCCACAACUAUUCGUCAUUGGCUGUGGAACGAAUGCUGCUGGACUUCAUCAUGGAGACAACAAAUCCAGAACAAAUGAGGGAACUGCUUGACUAUAUGGAGAUAUCUCCAGAGAAGGAUGAGAUCAAAUGGGACCUCCUCAAGGACAACCGAGAUUUAACAGUUCUGUCAUCAUGGGAACCAGAAGAAAGAGAGCUGACUGACCAACAGAUAGCGUGGUCCUUCUGCCAGGAGAAGCAAUGGCUCAGGUUACGCAGCCUCAUCCUCAGGUCCCUCGCAGCAGUCAUCCUGAUCUCUCAACCUGCCCCCAUGGAUGGAGAACAUUCCCUCAGCCACAAUCAGGAUGACUCCAAGAAUGGAGAGAGCAUGGAUGGACACGGAAACACACUUCUUAGUCUUAUCCAGGAAAUGAACACACAUGUCCAAGAUGUGGAAUGCCAACCUAGUACAGUAACAGAAAAUAUGGAUCUGCUGUGUGGUCCCGUUCCCACCAGAAUGAAGGUGUACCUGGAUGGACAGCACCACAUUCUCCUCACCAGUAUCUUUCAAGUAGCUGUGGAUGUGCACUCUCUAGGAACCAAUGACCUCAAUCAGUCCCAAGAGCUCCAGGAGAAGAUAGCGAGGAACUUCGACUGUAUACUGAAGACAUUUGAGUAUGUUCUGGACUCCAUGGACACACCUAUUGCCAGUCCUGGCAGCCCACCUGAGGUGUACCCACAGGUGCUGCAGGGGCUGGUGCUGCUGGUGGAGACACUGUGCUUGAUGACGCUGGUGAUAUCUCAAUGUCAAGUGAUGCUCAAGCCUAUAAAAGCUAGCCUGACAAAAAAGAAAAGGAAGAAGAAAACCCCCACAAACAUUGUGCCACAGGUGUUUGAUGACUACAAGAUGUUUGUAGAAAGUCUGGUCCAGUUUGGAGAGAAGCUACAUAAAUGUCUGCUGGAAGUGGACAUUGUCAUCACUGAAGUAGAUGUCAGUACUUUGGAAAUCAGCCCUGCACCGGAACAUGCAAAGAGAGAGGACAUCAGUGCUGAGACUGUGUGGAAGAAGGUGAAGGACAGCUACCAGAUAUCAGCCGGGGAGAUGGCCGAGGUGCUGAAACAGAAGCUGCAGUUCCUCAGGACUGUUAGAUUGUGAUUCAGCACAGUGCAGCAUUUUGCUUUCUUUGCUAAGUACAGGAAUAAUCACCUUAUACAGUCAUGUAGAAUCCCUAGAUUAACUUAAACCAACACGUGCACGUCUCCUCAAUCUCAUCGACAAAUAUGCCAGUUUUUGUCGUCAAACAUAUGAAGGAUAAAAGGUCUUGUGUAAUGUAGAUAAUUGGAGUCUAUUUUAUAUAUUGCCAGGUGUUCUGACUACAGUUGCAAAGGUGUUAGUAGGAAUUGAAGCUCAGUGCAUUACUAGUAGUAGUUCAAGCAGUUUUUCAAUUAUUUUACGUCUUAUACCAUAUGCUGACAGAUAUCCCUGUUAUCAUUUAGAUUAAUUGAUUAAACUCUCAAUUUGUGACAAAUUACUAGAAAUUUGGUAUAGACUGAGAGUGGGUAAAUAUCCAGAUUUGUAUUUUCAUUUUUGUAUGUAGUCCUUUGGAAUUCCCUUAUUAAUGUUUUUGGCAAUUUUCAGUCCAAAAAUGUUUCUUGUUGGUCCAGGUAUUUUAGUCAAAUGACCUGACAUUUGGUAUUGGGGUGCUUUAUCAUUUUCAUUCAAGAUUUAUCAUGCACCACUCUGAGAUGAUAUAUUUUUACUUACUUUGAAACUUCAGACCAAGACACAAAUUUGUGGCUGCUGUGGUCUGAUAUUAAACCAAAUUACCUGAAAUCUGGCACUGGAAUGCAUGCCAAUGUUAUGUCCACGGAACAUUUGCCGUAUACACAGCUUUAAACUGAUUUAGUGCUUUUGUCAGACCAAAAUGUAUGUUUUUGUAUGCACAUCUGUGCUUAGGACCCUUUGGUUCAUUUUGAAAUGGUCCAUUCUUGCAUAGUAGUGGAAAUGGGGCAAUUCCAGUUUGGACUCAGUGAUCAUGGAAUGGUCCAUUGUGACAUGGUUCAUUUUGCAUGAUAUGUACUUGGAGGAGUCCAUUCUUACCUAGGAUUCACUUGGGAAAAUUCCAUUUUGAAGCGUGCCCAUUAUGGAAUACAUGUACCUUACUUCUGUGUGUCAGUAAUUGUGGAAUCGGUCAUUUUGCAGAAGAGUCCAUUUUUUAUCGAAGAGGGAUAGGGUGAAGUACAUGUAUAGGGGAUGGGGUCUCAUUUGCUCAGGUAACACCACUUCAACUUUUUGGAUCUGUGACCUGCAGCUAGACAAAUAGAAAAAGCUCCUUGGGGUGUGUCAAUCAAGCCCCAAAUGUUCAUAUUUUGGUACCAAGUAGAAUUCCUUGUUAUACCUGUAAAAUUUAUUGUAUCAAUGCAUAAGUUUAAACUACCAUGUUUGAAAUGUUAAUUUCUGUCACAGAAAUAAAAGUGUCGAUCCAAAAUCAGACAAGAUAGAACAAAGGAAUUGAGUUGGUAUGCCCGUAGUGGUUCAUGUACUGUAGCUGCUGUUCAUGUUUUGGAAUACAUGGCUGGGUUCGAAA